GGGUUGUCGGAUGGAAAUUUUUAUUUCAUUUGUUGAAAAACCUUUCGCAAUUGCAAUGAGAAAGAAUGAAGACCGACUGAAGACUGGACUGACCGUGUUGGAUUAUCUUCUCAUGUGCUUUCAGUUUUUAUUAAUUUGUCCUUUUAAAGAUUAUAGUUCUGUUAAUUUUCUGAACUUCUGUGGGGGGAUUUCCGUCUGGUGUAGAACUCAUUGUUUCCCCUCCCCACCCUGCCACCGCAGUGACUAUCUUCCGUGUGGUCAUUGACGGGGGGGCGGGGGGCUGAGAUGAGGAACAAUUUAAGGUGUGAGCUGGAGGACUUCAUUUCAUUUAAAAGCAGUGAAGGUACAGGCUACACCUGCAGCCUGAGCAGGCUGUUCUUUCGAUUUGGUUUUCUGAUACGGCCUCAAGUAAUCAGUGAAGAUAUUUACAGCGUAUUGUUGGUGCUGAAAGGCAGAGGACCGCUGAGGGAGAAGAUGCAGUUCAACCUGGUUUUAUUCACUUUUCUCUGUAACGCCUCAUGGAGCAUCUUUGUCCAAGCAACUCAUGGACCUGUGGUUAACUGUUGCAUCAAGUUGACCGGAACCAAAGUCACAUUGGACAAAGUUCAGAAGUACACCAUCCAGUCUUCGGGAGCUUGCCCCAUCUAUGCAGUAAAGAUUGUGACAAAGCAAGGAAAGACACUUUGUGCAGACCCAAAUGACAAUUGGACAAAGAAAGCUAUGGAGAAGGUGGACAAGGAAAAGCAACCACGACCGGCGACACGGACAAAGGAAAAAUUAAAAAGUGUUGCAACACCAGUCAUGUCCACAUCGACACAGAACCCUACUCAGACAACACCAGCCACGUCCUCGCCAACCAAGAACCCUCCUCAAACAACAACAGCCACGUCUUCAUCAACCAAGAACCUUCCUCAAAUAACACCAGGAUUGUCCACAUCGACAAAGAACCCUCCUCAGACAACACCAGCCACGUCCUCGUCAACAAAGAACCCUCCUCAGACAACACCAGCCACGUCCUCGUCAACCAAGAACCCUCCUCAGACAACACCAGCCACGUCCUCGUCAACACAGAACCUUCCUCAAACAACACCAGCCAUGUCCACAUUGACACAGAACUCUCCUCAGACAACACCAGUCAUGUCCAUAUCGACAAAGAACCCUCCGCAAGCAACACCAGCCACACACGAAUACUGUGUGUAGUGUUUAGACCACAAGGUGAUGUGCAAUUGGCGUCAGAGUGUAAAGAAGGAAAGUCAAGAGUCUAGCGGAGUCAUAAGGGAGUGUGAAGCAGUGACAAUUCGAGUCGAGCGAAUGGUACAUGAAGUUAAGGUUGUGCAAAUUGUGCUAAAGUUUAGAUUUUUGUGUGUUAACAAUCGUGAAAAACUGUAAUACAGGAUGAUCAGAUUGUCUCAUGUUUCAUUUUUCAGACCUAUAUCAAUCCAGUUUUGUCUUGAAGUUGGUUUCACCUUAUGACCCUAAACUGCACCUCAACACGAGAGAGGAAUCUAGGUCACGGAGCUGAGAGAGGGUUGCUCAGUACCUUGAUUGAAGUGGAGAUAUGGAGAUUUCAGAUGUAGGUAGGUGGGAGAACACUGUGAAUUUUAGGCCUAUCUGAAGUGUGUUGUAAUCAGUGUUGAACUCUUCAUUGUUUUGCUCAAGUAAUUGUUUCAAUAAAUGUGGAUGAGAGAU